GCAAAGAACAAGAUGCCCCACUUUGGUGUUUUUAAAAGCAGCUGCAGUUCCACGACGACGAGUGCCGGCCAGAAUAUUUCAAGUCAACAAAAGCCGUAGACCUGCCACCAUGGCCUCCAACGCGCCCAUUGUCCGGCACGCGCGCCGGGAAGACGUGCCCGCGAUCCUCCAGCUGAUCCGCGAGCUGGCCGACUACGAGCACGAGCUGCACAGCGUCGAGGCCACCGAGGCGAAGCUGCUCGAGACCAUCGCCUUUGCGCCCUCAGACCCGGCCUCUGCGGCUGCCGCCCCCGCCGCCGACGGGCUGCCGCAGACGGAGCCGACCUCGCCCGCCAAGCCGGCGCGCUGCCUGCUGCUGGAGACGCCGGCCGGCGCGGUCGCCGGCAUGGCGCUGUACUUCUACAACUACAGCACGUGGCGCGCCCGCCCGGGCAUCUACCUCGAGGACCUGUACGUGGCGCAGAGCGAGCGCAAGCGCGGCUACGGCACGCGCCUGCUGGUCGCGCUGGCCAAGGAGGUCGUGGCCAUGCGCGGCGGCCGGCUCGAGUGGAGCGUGCUCAAGUGGAACGAGCCGUCCAUCCGCUUCUACGAGAGCAUCGGCGCCCGCAUGAUGAGCGAGUGGGUCGGCAUGCGCGUCGAUGGCGAGGCCCUGACCAAGCUGGCGGGGUUGCUGGACUGAGGGGGGCCGCGCCGCUGUGUGAAAUCAGAGACAGGCCACGGUCUGGUGUAUCUUGUUUGCGAGUUAGCGCAUUGACACAUCCGCGGCUGGUCCUUCGAUAGGACCCCGUUGUUUCAUUGCCCUGUCGGCGACGC